AUGGCAGCUAUUAAUAUCAAAGGCUAUUUACUUGCUCAACAAGUCUGCAACAUGAUACCCAGCUAUACACUACACUCCAGUCUGACUCAUUGUCUCUUCUAUAAUAUAAUGAAACUACUGACUAAACAAGCUAGCUCAGGCACAGCCAUUCCCGGGUUAAUUGCCGCCAAAUGCGGAGGCUCUGUGACUCUAUCAGACAGAGAGGACAACCCACGUCUUUUGGACUACCUGAGGGAGACAUGUGAACUGAAUGGACUGAGGGAAAUAAAGAUUAUGGGGCUCACUUGGGGUCUAAUCUCACCUGAUUUAAUAAAUUUAAGUAAAUGCGAUUACGUGCUAGCAUCGGACUGCUUUUAUGAUAGCAAAGAUUUUGAAGAUGUUAUGGCAACAGUUGAUUAUGUUUUGGAGAAGAGAAGUGGUUGUGUCUUUUGGACUACUUACCAGGAAAGAAGCUCCAAUAGGACUUUAUUUCCAUUGCUAGAGAGGUGGGGGCUCCAGUGUAAAGUGAUACCAAUAGAAGAGGACUGGUCCUAUGGGAUAGAGAUAGUAGGCCCAGCCCCAGACUAUCUUGAUAUAGAGACAACUGUAACAAAACACUCAAUACGAUUACUAGAGAUAACCAAGCAAUAA